GCCGGAGCAACCCGGUCCCGACCCCAUGUGGCACUCCCCUCUGGCCGCCUGCCCCUGGGCGAGUUCCUUGGAACUCUUUGCCUCAGUUUCCCCCUCGCUAACCUGGUGACCAGCCCUUUCUCACUCCCUGGACCCAGCCCAGGCGCUCUCUCUGCCUUAAUCCUCCCUGCCCCUUCCUCCGGUGUACAGCCUUCUGCGGGACUGCACGAACCGCAGAACCGCGGGAAGAGAAGCCCCCACCCCUCGCCAUGCAGCGCCUCGGACCCUGGUCUCGGGAGGCCUGGGCCGCGCUGGCCCUCCAGUUGCUGCGACCUCCCCGCGCCCCGUGCGCCGGGGCCACGCUGCAUUUCCGCCGGGUGCAAGGAGGCCUGGUGCAGCCUCCAGGGCGGGAGUUUGCAGAGGCCAGGUUGAAGACUCAGCUGGAAUCAGAUAAAGAGAAAUCCAAUUUUGUUAUCAAGACUCCCAAGGGUACCAGAGAUCUUGGCCCUCAACAGAUGGCUAUUCGAGAGAAAAUCCUUACUGCUGUCAUCAGCUGCUUCAAGCGCCAUGGAGCUAAAGGGCUAGACACUCCAGCAUUUGAACUAAAGGAAGUGCUAACGGAGAAGUAUGGAGAGAACUCCAGACUCAUCUAUGAACUGAAGGAUCAGGGUGGGGAACUACUGGCUCUUCGAUAUGACCUCACAGUCCCUUUUGCUCGUUACCUGGCCAUGAAUAAGAUAAAGAAGAUAAAACGCUAUCACAUUGGGAAGGUGUGGCGACGGGAGAGUCCCUCCAUAACCCAAGGUCGAUACCGAGAGUUCUGCCAGUGUGAUUUUGACAUUGCAGGUCAUUUUGAUCCCAUGAUCCCUGAUGCAGAGUGUUUAAAGAUCAUCUAUGAAAUCCUAAAUGCAUUGCAAUUGGGGGACUUCUUAAUUAAGGUGAAUGACAGGCGAAUUCUGCAUGGGAUGUUUGCUGUCUGUGGUGUCCCUGAUAACAAAUUCCACCUUAUCUCUGCCUCAGUGGAUAAGCUGGGCAAGAUGUCCUGGAAGGAUGUGAGACAAGAGAUGGUAGGAAAGAUGGCUCUGGCUCCUGAAGUGGCAGAUUGCAUUGGGGUUUACAUCCAGCAGCACGGUGGAGUGUCCCUAGUAGAGCAGCUACUGCAGGAUCCCAAACUCUCACAGAACAAGCAGGCCCAGGAGGGGUUGAGGGACCUGAAACUGCUAUUUGAGUAUCUGACCCUGUUUGGUAUUACAGAGAAGAUCUCCUUUGACCUGAGCCUGGCCCGAGGCCUGGACUACUAUACAGGGGUGAUCUAUGAAGCAGUGCUUCUUCAGACCGCAGCCAGACAGGGGGAGGAACCACUUGGUGUGGGCAGUGUGGCUGCCGGAGGGCGCUAUGAUGGGCUUGUUGGCAUGUUUGACCCCAAGGGCAGAAAGGUGCCCUGUGUGGGGCUCAGCGUUGGGGUUGAAAGGAUCUUCUCCAUUGUGGAACAGAGGAUGGAGGCCACGGAGAAAAUUCAGGUGACAGAGACACAGGUCCUUGUGGCUGCAGCACAAAAGAAUUUCCUUAAAGAACGGAUGAAACUGAUUGCAGAGCUCUGGGAUGCUGGGAUCAAGGCUGAGAUGCUUUAUAAGAAGAACCCCAGUUUCCUGACUCAGCUGCAUUACUGUGAGGAAACAGGCAUUCCAUUGGUGGCCAUUAUUGGGGAGCAAGAACUAAAAGAUGGUGUCAUUAAGCUUCGUUCUGUGGCCAGCAGGGAGGAGGUGGACAUUAAACGGGAAAAUAUUGUAACUGAAAUCCAGAGGAGAAUGUCUGAAUCCUGAUCUUGCCUGUUCUUCAUCUGCUACUUGUUUCAGUGGUGAAGAUCUAGUCCACUAUGAUGGCCCUAUCCAGUUUCACAUUUGGGUCAGGGUAGACUAUACAUCCCUUCUGCCUCCUUCCUGCAACUCCCUCUUCUGUGCCCCUUGUUUGGAGGUGAGGGAGUAUCAGUGGCACGUGGACUCCUGAAUCCUCUUGUUUUAUCACUGGUGUUUGAGAGGAAGCCAGAGCAUCCACUUUUAACAGGUGGGGGAUAGUGCUUUCUAUAAUAGAAUAUGUCACAGAGACACUACAGAGACAGUGGUAUAUUUGUACUAUCACUGACUGCAAACAAGACUUUAAGUUGAACUGUGUUCUCUGAGCAGUCUUUGAGGGAGUUAAACUCUGAAGGAAUCUUGAAGUGUGAGGAAGUUCUUUCUGAGGUCAGAACUCAGCUACUCAGGAAAGGUCUACACCAACCAGGAAAAAAGCUUGACUGUCCUAGAGAUAUGCUUCCAUCCUGUUACUGUCUUGCUUGGGGUGUUGUAAAGAGACAGGAAAGAGGGAGGAGUGGAUGUCUGAGUCCAUACUCAAAUGAGAUUAAAAAAAAGCAUGAUAUAACUCCUUUCCUAGCUUUUCUUCCUUGUGCUAGGGAUAAACUAAAGUUUAGUUUCCUCAUGGUUUUGGAUGUUGAGCUGAGCAGGUCACUUUAGCUCUCUAGGCUUCAGUUCCUUAUCUGUAAAAUGAAGAGGUUGAACCAGAUGACCUCUGAGGUGCCUUCUAGUUGUACAUGUAUGAAACAUGUCCCCAUGAACCAUAACAACAAAAAGGAACACUUGAUAAGUAAGGAUGAGAUUGGUGCCUUCUCCCCCUCCACUGAUCCUAGGUAUACAAUCAUCAUAUUGCAAUAUUUUUCCUGGGCCAGACCAGCGGCUGUUACUAUCCUGUGGCUUGCCAUAUGAGUAGCUAUUUGGAGAUGGUUUUAUAAUAUAUUGAAUGUAACUAAUUUAGACACUUUGUAAUUAGAAGCAUUUGAUUUACAUCGAGUAUGGGGAAUGAUUUGGGUAUAAAAAUCUGGGCUAUCUUU